AUGGCGUCUUCUGCUCCCAAAAGGGACGUUCACAACCCGCUCCUCUUCGAGGCUGCCUGGGAAGUCGCCAACAAGGUCGGUGGUAUCUACACCGUCAUCAAGACCAAGGCCCCCGUCACACAUCAAGAGUAUGGCGACCGCUACACUCUCAUCGGCCCGCUUUCCUACAAGACUGCGCCCAUGGAGGUCGAGGCGCUGGAGCCUGAAGACCCUCAGCUCAAACAGACGCUCGACAGCAUGCGCGAUGCCGGCGUCAAGUUCCUCUACGGACGCUGGCUUAUCGAGCGUGCGCCUCGCGUUCUGCUCUUUGACACCUCCAGCAUGUACCACCGCAUGGACGAGUGGAAGGCCGAUCUAUGGAACCUUGCCGGUAUCCCAACGCCGCAGCACGACCACGAGACUAACGAGACGCUCGUCUUUGGCUACCUCGUGGCAUGGUUCCUCGGCGAGUUCUCGAGUCGCGAGCGCAAGCGUGCCAUCAUUGCCCACUUCCACGAGUGGCAGGCCGGCCUUGCUAUCCCCCUCUGCCGCAAGCGUCACAUUGACGUGACCACCAUCUUCACCACCCACGCCACUCUUCUUGGCCGAUAUCUUUGCGCCGGCAGCGUCGAUUUCUACAACAACCUCCAAUACUUUGACGUCGACCACGAGGCCGGAAAGCGUGGCAUCUACCACCGAUACUGUGUCGAGCGUGCCGCCGCCCACUGCGCCGACGUGUUCACGACCGUCAGUCACAUCACCGCCUACGAAUCCGAGCACCUACUCAAGCGCAAGCCCGACGGUGUGCUUCCCAACGGUCUCAAUGUCGUCAAGUUUUCGGCUAUGCACGAGUUCCAGAACCUCCAUGCCGUGUCCAAGGCCAAGAUCAACGAGUUUGUCAAGGGCCACUUCUACGGCCAUUACGACUUUGACCUGGACAACACGCUCUACUUUUUCACUGCAGGCCGUUACGAGUACCGAAACAAGGGUGUCGACAUGUUUAUCGAGUCGCUCGCCCGUCUCAACUACAAGCUGCAAAAGAGCGGCUCCAAGACCACCGUGGUCGCCUUCAUCAUCAUGCCAGCCGCGACCAACUCGUACACCAUCGAGGCGCUCAAGGGCCAGGCCGUCACCAAGCAGCUGCGCGACACGGUCGAGCAGAUCCAAGCGCGUGUCGGAGAGCGUCUCUUCGAAAAGAUGGCGCGUUACCAGGGCGAGACCGGGAGCGACGUGAUCGAUCCAGCGACGCUACUCUCGGAUGCGGACAAGAUCGCGCUCAAGAAGCGCAUCUUUGCGCUCAAGCGCAACUCGCUGCCGCCCGUUGUGACGCACAACAUGCAGGACGACGACACCGACCCGAUCCUCAACCAGAUCCGCCGCGUUCAGCUGUUCAACCGCACCAGCGACCGUGUCAAGGUCAUCUUCCACCCCGAGUUCCUCAAUGCCAACAACCCCAUCCUCGGACUCGAUUACGAAGAAUUCGUUCGAGGCUGCCACUUGGGUGUCUUCCCCUCCUACUACGAGCCGUGGGGCUACACGCCCGCCGAGUGCACUGUGAUGGGUGUCCCAUCGAUUACCACCAACCUGUCUGGCUUCGGCUGCUUCAUGGAAGACACGAUCGAGCGCGGCGAGGAUUACGGUAUCUACAUUGUCGAUCGACGAAUGAAGAGCGUCGAGGACUCGGUGAACCAGUUGACCGACCAGAUGUUCGCCUUUAGUCAGAAGACGCGCCGGCAGCGCAUCAACCAGCGAAAUCGUACCGAGCGCCUGUCCGAGCUGCUCGACUGGAAGCGACUGGGUCUCGAAUACGCAAAAGCACGACAGCUUGCCCUUCGCCGUGCCUACCCAGACUCUUUUGAUGCGGACGACACCAUCGACAGCUACUUUGACGAUAUCCACCACGACGGUAAGAUGCCACCACCGCUCUCGAUGCCUGGCUCGCCGCGUUUCGGUUCGGGCGCUAGGACGCCAGGCGAAUUCGGCACGCUUACCGAGGAGUUGCAGGGUCUGUCGACGUCGGACUACCGUGGUCACCAGCAGUUCUGGAAGAUAAUGAGCCAGCACGGAUCGGAUGACGAGGAGGAGGCGUACAGAUAUCCGCUCGUCAUCAAGUCUCGUCAGCGAGGCACAUCGGUCGGCAGCAUGAGCGGCGCCAGCACACCCGGUCUGGGAGGCGGAAAGUUCCUCUCGAGCGCCGAUCUCGACCGUGCCGAUGCGGCGCUGAGCAACCAUAGCGGUGCGCCCAACGGCAACGGCAAUGGCAACGGCAAUGGUUACUAG